AUGUUGAUUCCCUACUUGAUUGCAUUACUGUUUAUUCAAUCGAUUGUGGCCGAGGUCACUAUCACACCUGUACCUUCUACGGGCUUGCCUCCUAAUCGAAAUAUUGUCGAAAAUCAACUGCCUCUUGCUAAACAAACACACGAACUGGUCAAAGUGGGAGAUAUCGUCCUUCUUUCGCAAAUGGAUACCAGUGUCUUGGUGAAAGUUCGAGUAGAUAAAUAUGGC